UGGAUGCUGAAAGAGAAGACCGCUCUCUGUGCUCAAUAGCAUUUUGAGUUAUCAAAUAUAGCUAAUUUUCAGGAAUUGAGAGAUACUAUUUCUCUCCAAAGAGAAUUUAAAAUGGAUGAAAUGGAGGAAGAAUUAAAAUGCCCUGUAUGCGGAUCGUUUUUCCGGGAGCCAAUCAUUCUACCGUGCUCCCACAACAUUUGCCUGGCUUGCGCUCGGAAUAUCCUAGUGCAGACCCCGGACGCUGAAUCUCCGCAGAGUAGCCGUGCUUCUGGCUCGGGGGUCUCCGACUAUGACUACCUGGACCUUGAUAAGAUGAGCCUGUACAGCGAGGCGGACAGUGGAUACGGUUCGUAUGGUGGCUUCGUUAGUGCCCCGACCACCCCUUGCCAGAAAUCCCCAAACGGGGUGCGUGUUUUCCCCCCUGCCGUCCCCCAACCCCCUCCCCAGCACCACUUGCUAGGACACCCCGGCUCCCUACCUCCUAUCCCACGCAACUCCUGCAUCACAUGCCCGCAGUGCCAUCGCAGCCUCAUCUUGGACGAGAGGGGGCUCCGCGGGUUUGCCAAAAACCGGGUGCUGGAAGGGGUCGUGGACCGGUACCAGCAGAGCAAAGCGGCCGCCCUCAAGUGUCAGCUCUGCGAGAAGAGUCCCAACGAGGCCACGGUGAUGUGCGAGCAAUGCGACGUGUUCUACUGCGACCCUUGUCGCUUGAGGUGCCACCCUCCCCGAGGUCCGCUAGCCAAGCAUCGCCUCGUACCCCCUGCACAGGGCCAUAUAAGCCGUCGGACAAGUCCCCGGAAGAUCUCCACUUGUACGGAGCACGAACUGGAGAACCUAAGCAUGUACUGUGUUCAGUGUAAGAUGCCGGUGUGUUACCAGUGUUUAGAAGAAGGGAAACACGGGACACAUGAAGUCAAGGCUCUGGGGGCUAUGUGGAAACUGCACAAGGGUCAGCUGUCUCAGGCCCUCAACAUCCUGUCCGACCGAGCUACAGAAGCCAAAGACUUCCUGGUUCAGCUGAGGAACAUGGUGCAGCACAUCCAGCCCACUGAUGGUCCAGGGAGACCCUUACUAGUGACUUCAGGGUGGGGAACACUGAAGGAGAACGGCGUGGAGUUCGAAGCCUGUCUGGUGGCUCAGUGUGACGCCCUCAUCGACGCCCUGAACCGACGCAAGGCCCAGCUGCUGACCCGCGUCAACAAGGAGCAUGAGCACAAGCUGAAGGUGGUGAGGGAUCAGAUAUCCCACUGUACAGUGAAGCUGCGUCAGACCACAGGCCUGAUGGAGUAUUGUCUGGAGGUGAUCAAAGAGAACGACCCCAGCGGAUUCCUACAGAUCUCAGACGCCCUGAUCAGGAGGGUGCACAUUACGGAGGGCCAGUGGGGGAAGGGAACCCUGACCCCCAGGAUGACCAGUGACUUUGACCUGACCCUGGACAGCGGACCCCUGCUACAGACCAUCCACCAACUGGACUUCGUACAGAUGAAAGUUCCGUCAGCCCCCAUGCUCCAGCUGGAGGAAUGCUGCACCAUCAACAACAGUGCAACAUUGUCAUGGAAACAGCCACCUCUCUCCACCAUCGCUGUGGACGGAUACAUCCUGGAGCUGGACGAUGGCAAUGGGGGACAGUUUAGGGAAGUGUACGUGGGGACCGAAACGAUCUGCACGGUGGACGGACUCCACUACAACAGCACCUACAUGUCCAGGGUCAAAGCCUUCAACGCCAGCGGAGUGGGACAGUACAGCAAGACGCUGGCCAUGCAGACCUCCGAGACUGGACAAUCCCCAUGUGAUAUGCAAACACUACCCACAGUUGCCUGGUUCACCUUUGACCCCACGUCAGCCCACCCUGACAUCAUCCUCUCCAACGACAACCUGACGGUGACGUGCAACAGCUACGACGACAGGGUGGUCAUGGGUAACUCCGGCUUCUCCCGCGGUGUGCACUACUGGGAGAUCACGGUGGAUCGCUAUGACAACCACCCGGACCCUGCGUUCGGGGUUGCCCGGGGUGACGUGCUGAAGGAUGUGAUGCUGGGAAAGGACGACCAGGCCUGGGCCAUGUAUGUGGACAACAACCGCUCCUGGUUCAUGCACAACAACUCACACACCAACAGGACGGACGGGGGCGUCAGUAAAGGGGCCACAGUAGGAGUAUUGUUAGACUUCACCAGAGGGAUCCUCAUCUUCCUCAUCAACGAUGAACAGCAGGGUCCUGUGGCCUUCGAAGGCAUCGAGGGACUCUACUACCCUUCUGUCAGCCUCAACCGCAACGUACAGGUGACCCUGCACACUGGCCUGCCCAUUCCUGACUUCUACACUCCGGGGGAAGCAGACCUGUCUGGCUCAGUGUGUUAAGGAGUUGACUCAGCACAGCAGUGAAGCAGGAUAAGACAAGGGUCUGCAUGCCAAAUGGCACCCUAUUCCCUAUAUAGUGCACUACUUUUAACCAUGGCCCAUAGGGACUAUAUAUGGAAUAGGGUGCCAUUUGGUACUCAGAACGGGCACCAGGCUGCUCAAUUUCUGGGCUCUCUAGGGUUACGUCCCAAAUUGCACCCUAUUCCCUAUAUUUGGCACUAUUUUUGGCCAGACUUGUGCCAAAAGUAUUGCAUUACAUACGAAUAGGGUGGAAUUUCAGAUGUACCGUAGAGGGAUAAUUUAACUCACAGCCAUGUACACAACAACGUGUCCCCAAUCCCUCUAUAGACCAGCCAACCAGCCGCAUAGUCUUACAUCGCCUGUCGGUCGUGGGACUAGUGUUGGAUUGGAGUGACGUCGACUGACAAUGCUCCUGACCCCUGACCUCUACAGAUCACCAGACGGUCCGGACCCAUAGCCUUGACUGUACAGUACAAGACUCUCAAUACUCAGCCAUACAUGUACAUACUGCUCCGUAACCACGGAUACUCACCCAUACAUGUACAUACUGCUCCGUAACCAUGGAUACUCACACAUACAUGUACAUACAUACAUACUGCUCCGUAACCAUGGAUACUCAGCCAUACAUGUACAUACUGCUCCGUAACCAUGGAUACUCAGCCAUACAUGUACAUACUGCUCCGUAACCAUGGAUACUCAGCCAUACAUGUACAUACUGCUCCGUAACCAUGGAUACUCAGCCAUACAUGUACAUACAGACUGCUCCGUAACCAUGGAUACUCAGCCAUACAUGUACAUACUGCUCCGUAACCAUGGAUACUCAGCCAUACAUGUACAUACAGACUGCUCCAUAACCAUGGAUACUCAGCCAUACAUGUACAUACUGCUCCGUAACCAUGGAUACUCAGCCAUACAUGUACAUACUGCUCCGUAACCAUGGACACCUGGAACUCUCACCUGGAAAUGGAACUCUGAGCUUACUGUCCUGUCUUAACAUGUAAAAUAUUAUGAUUGGGUUAAAGUGAACCAGCUUCAUCCAUCUAACCAAUCAAAGAAGACUACUAUUCAUCACCAGACUCUAGAACCCUGCCCUUUUAGUUCUGGUUCUAGAACUCUGUAGAGGACAACAAUGUUAUCAAAGACUUACAGGGACGAUCAGGGUUUGGGUCAAUUUCAUAUCAAUUCCAGUCAAUUCAGAAAGUAAACCUAAAUUAAAUUCCAAAGUGUCCUUGUUGAAGAGAGUUGGAAUUGACAUUUCAGUGUACUUUCUGAAUUGACUGGAUUUGAAAUGGAAUUAACCCCAACCCUGUGUAUCCACCAUAACAACACUGCCAUGUAUCCACCAUAACAACCAUGCCAUGUAUCCACCAUAACAACACUGCCAUGUAUCCACCAUAACAACCCUGCGUUGUAUCCACCAUAACAACCCUGCGUUGUAUCCACCAUUACAACCAUGUCAUGUAUCCACCAUAACAACCCUGCGUUGUAUCCACCAUAACAACCAUGCCAUGUAUCCACCAUAACAACCCUGCCAUGUAUCCACCAUAACAACCAUGCCAUGUAACCACCAUAACAACCAUGCCAUGUAUCCACCAUAACAACCAUGCCAUGUAUCCACCAUAACAACCCUGCCAUGUAUCCACCAUAACAACCAUGCCAUGUAACCACCAUAACAACCAUGCCAUGUAUCCACCAUAACAACCAUGCCAUGUAUCCACCAUAACAACCAUUCCAUGUAUCCACCAUAACAACCCUGCGUUGUAUCCACCAUAACAACCCUGCGUUGUAUCCACCAUAACAACCCUGCGUUGUAUCCACCAUAACAACCCUGCGUUGUAUCCACCAUAACAACCCUGCCAUGUAUCCACCAUAACAACCCUGCGUUGUAUCCACCAUAACAACCCUGCCAUGUAUCCACCAUAACAACUCUGCGUUGUAUCCACCAUAACAACCCUGCGUUGUAUCCACCAUAACAACCCUGCGUUGUAUCCACCAUAACAACCCUGCCAUGUAUCCACCAUAACAACUCUGCAUUGUAUCCACCAUAACAACACUGCCAUGUAUCCACCAUAACAACCAUGCUAUGUAUCCACCAUAACAACCCUGCGUUGUAUCCACCAUAACAACCCUGCGUUGUAUCCACCAUAACAACCCUGUCUUGUAUCUGCGGGUCAUGGUAAUAACUCGGUGGUCUCUAAAUGUUGCCAUGGAGAAGCAGUGAUGUUCUACUGCUAUUCUACUGCUACACACACACACACACACACACACACACACACACACACACACACACACCUCCCGCAACAGCAAACAUGGUACCACUUCUCCACACCAUAAUUUCAUCAGAAUCCUUGAAGCAUUUCUGUCCCACCAAACAUACACUCACACACACACACACACACACACACACACAGUACAUUCAAGA